AUGGGUGCUUCUUGUUCUAAAGCCAAAAAAUUCCAAAGAAUGGCAAAUUAGCCACAUAGUUUAGAUAAAUUCAAUGAUCCAAAUGAAAAUCAAUAAGGAGAGGCACCGAAUAAACAGGAAUAGAAUCCUAUCUUAGAAUGUGAUUGUUUUAUUUGGGACCUGCAUAAACUUAGAUGGGUGAAGAAAAAAUAUUCAAAAAUAUUCACUAAUGGAAAUGUAAUUAAGUAUAUUUAUGACGGCUAACUACUGAAGACGUAAAUAUUUGACCAUCAAUAAAUAGAGAAUAAAGACAGUAGUAAUUUUUGAGAUUCGAAGAAUAGAAUAAUUUAGAAUAAAUAAAACAUCUGUUAUGGCAAGGAAAAUAGUCUUACCAUGGGCAUAAGGUAGGAAAAUGGAUAGCUGUUUGGAAGGGGGAAACAGUAAAGGAUGUAGGAGGAUGGUACUUGAAUAAUGGAGAAAAACAUGGUUUAUGGAUAGAUAUAAUGAAGAAUUAUUAGACGUAGAUAUUAUUAGAUAAUUUAUGAGUAAAGCUUAGAUUUAUGAAGUGGGAGAAUAUAUGAAUAAAAUAAGACAAGGCAAAUGGAAGUAUUUAUAUGAAAGCAAAGAAAUGUAUUAAUAAAUACUCAUUAUGAAGUGGUGGUGGAUAUUAUGAAGAAGGUUCUGAUAGUAUUAAAAUUGGAAAAUGGAUAGAGUUAAAUGAUAAUUACUAAAAAUUUUCUUAAGUGUCCUAUUAUGGUGAAUAUAAAAAUGGUAAAAAAGUAGGAUUGUGGGAUAUUUUCUAUAAGAGUCAAUUUUAAAAAAGGAUGUAAAUGUUUAAAGUAUAAAAGUUCAGUGGUGGUGGAUCAUAUGAUGAAAGAGGUAUAAAAGUUGGGAAGUGGAUUGAAUUGAGUGAUGGCUUUUAUGAGUAUUCGUAGGUAACAUAUAUUGGUGAAUACCAUAAUGGGAAAAAAGUUGGUAGGUGGUGUAUUUAUUAAUGGGAUUUUUAUACAAAUAAUAAUUAAUAAAUGUAAUAAUAAUAAAUCUAAAUGGCUUCAGUGGAGGAGGAUCAUAUGAUUAAGAAUGUGAUGGUAUUAAGAAUGGAAAGUGGAUUGAGUUGAGUGAUGGAUUUUGUAGAGAUUCAUAGGUCACCUAUAUUGGAUUAUAUAAAUUUGGUAAAAAAGUGGGUAAAUGGGAUAUUUGGUAUGCUGAGAGGGAGAGAAAUUAAAUAAAAAAUGAACUAAUGUAAACAACGUUACAUUUUAAAUCUUUAGUGGAGGUGGAUCUUAUAAUGAAAGGGGUUAGGAAAUUAAAAUUGGGUAUUGGAUUGAAUAAAGCGAUGGAUAUUUCGAUAGAUCAUAGGUAACAUAUAAUGGAGAAUAUAUAAAUGGUAAAAGAGUGGGUAAAUGGGAUAUUUUUGUUAAAAAUAGGAGAAUAGGGAGUGAUGAAAAAAUGUAAAAAUAAUCUAUAAUGAAAAAUUAAAGUGGAGGCGGUUAAUAUGAUUAAAAAGGAAGUGGAAUUAAGACAGGAAGGUGGGUUGAGUUAAGUGAUGAUUAUCAUGACUGUUCAUAAGUCACUUACGUUGGUGUAUAUUAGAAUGGUAAAAAAGUUGGUAGAUGGGAUAUUUUAUAUAAAAAUAGGGAUACAAAUAUAAAUGAAUUUAUGUAAAAAUAUCUAGUAAACUAUUUAGAGGAGGAGGAUCAUACAACGAGCUAGAUAAUGGCUAUAAAAUAGGUACUUGGAUUGAGUUAAAUGAGUGGUUUUCUGAUAGUUCUUAGGUCACUAAUAAUGGUGAAUACAAGAAUGGUUUAAGGUUUGGCAGAUGGGACAUUUGGUAUAAAAAUAGGGAUACAAAACAAUAUGAAUUGAUGUAAGACACUAUAAAAGCAUUUAUGUUAUAGUGGGGGUGGAUCUUAUUAAGAUGAAGUUGAUAAAAUUAAGAUGGGGAUAUGGAUUGAGUUAAAUGAUGGAUUUUGGGAUUACUCAUAAGUCACACAACAUGGAGAAUAUCAAAAUGGUAAAAAAGUUGGUAGAUGGGAUUUUAAAUAUGAGGGGUCCUUACUGUAGUAAUUUUAGGAUAUUUUAGCGGCGGUGGUUUUUAUAAUGAAGAAGGUGAUGGCAUCAAGGUUGGGUAAUGGAUUGAAUUAAGCGAUGGAUUUUAGAUGUUUUAGUAAGUGGCUUAUAUUGGAGAAUAUCGAAGUGGUAAGAAAGUUGGUACUUGGUUCGCAAUUAGAAGAGAAUGGGAUUAGAUCGAAUUUGUGA